AUGGAGAGGGCAAUGCAUUCUGGUCUCAAGAUAGUUGGCAUCGCGAAAUCUGAAGCUCCACCAAUGAUCUUGUUUCCCCAUCUGCUCAACUUCAAUAUGUUUCUUCACCUGUUACUUCUUGGACUUGUUUUUACCUUACACAUUCCUGCAUCCUCUGCUGCCAUUGACUCCAUUGCACCUGGCCACGGACUUGUUUGCGGUGUCGGUGACAAGCUUGUCUCCCUAGAUGGCAAGUUUGCGCUUGGCUUCUUCCAACCAGGCAGUAAGUCCCACAACACCUUGAACUGGUACCUAGGCAUUUGGUUCAAUAAAGUCCCCAAGAUAACUCCGGUGUGGGUCGCAAACCGUGAUUAUCCAAUCACACAACCCACUUUAGUUAGAUUCACAAUUUCCCAAGAUGGCAAUCUUGUCAUCUUAGAUCAAGCCGCCAAUUCCAUAAUCUGGUCUACCGGAGUUAGUAUCAGAACCAACACCACCAUUGCCAUACUCAUGAACAAUGGAAACUUUGUCCUACAAAAUGCCUCAAACUCAUCCGACAUUUUAUGGCAGAGUUUUGACCACCCAACAAAUACUUUGCUCCCUGGUGCAAAGAUCGGCCGAGACAAGGUCACUGGUUUGACUCACCGUCUUGUUUCCAACAAGAACUUGAUUGACCGAGCUCAUGGCCGUUACUGUUAUGAGUUAGUUCCUAACAAGUUGAUCCUUACGCCUUUGAACUCAUCCAUAACAUACUGGUCUAGCGGGGAAUGGAAUGGACAGUAUUUUAGCUCCAUUCCGGAGAUGUUAAGCCGCGACUUGAUAGACUUCAAGUUUGUCAACAACACAAAUGAGGAGUACUUCACAUUCACCUUACUGAACGACACGAUGAUCAUGCAUCAUCUACUUGAUGUUUCUGGUCAAAUGAAGACUUUAAUAUGGGUUGAGGUCUCUCAGGAUUGGUCACAUUCCUACAUCAACCCCAAUGCUCAGUGUGAUGUCUAUGCUUUCUGUGGACCAUUCACUGUGUGCGAUGAUAACUCAGCUCCAUAUUGUAGCUGCAUGAAGGGCUUCUCCAUAAGAUCCCCAGAGGAUUGGGAGCAAAAUGAUAGAAACGGUGGAUGCGUUAGAAAUACUCCUUUAAAUUGUGGCAGUAACAGGAGUACUGCAGGAAUGACUGAUAAAUUCUACUCCUUGUCCAACGUGAAAUUGCCUCAGAAUGCUGACAACAUAGGCUCUGCUACCAGUGCUAGAGAAUGUGCAGAAGUUUGCCUGAGAAGUUGCUCUUGCACUGCAUAUUCUUGCACCGACAGUCGAUGCUCUAUCUGGCAUGAGGAACUCCUCAAUGUAAAACAACAGGAUGCUGACACUACGGACACAAAUGAUGGUGCAGUUCUUUAUCUUCGCCUUGCUGCAAAAGAGAUGCAAACUCAGAAACCUGGCAGAAGAGUGACCACUCGGAUUUUGGCAGUUACCAUUGUCACUGCCCUGGGGUUACUGGCACUCACAUUGCUAGUUCUUAUAUUGAUGAUUCGGAGGAACAAUAGGAGUUGGUCUGGUGGUACACUGAUAGAUCCUCAAGACGGUGGAAUUAUUGCAUUUAGAUACACUGAUUUGCAGUGGGCAACAAGAAAUUUCUCGGAGAAGCUAGGUGCCGGCGGCUUUGGUUCUGUGUUCAAGGCAUAUCUGUCUGACUCGGUUACAAUGGCAGUGAAAAGGCUUGAUGGUGCUUGUCAAGGAGAAAAACAAUUCAGGGCCGAGGUGACUACAGUCGGGGUUAUACAACAUAUCAAUUUAGUUAGACUGAUCGGUUUCUGCUGCGAGGGUGAACGAAGGUUACUUGCAUAUGAGUACAUGCCAAAUCGUUCUCUUGACAUCCAUCUAUUUCAGAAGAACAACACAGUUUUAAACUGGGGUACCAGGUUUAAAAUAGCUCUGGGAGUUGCUAGGGGGCUGGCUUACCUGCAUGAGAGCUGCCAAGACUUGAUCAUACACUGUGAUAUCAAGCCACAAAAUAUACUCCUCGAUAAGUCGUUUGUUGCUAAAAUUGCUGACUUUGGUAUGGCCAAGUUAAUAGGGAGGGAUUUUAGCCGGGUUCUGACUACAGCAAGAGGAACCGUAGGAUACCUUGCUCCCGAAUGGAUAAGCGGGGUUGCUAUCACACCAAAAGUCGAUGUUUACGGCUAUGGGAUGGUGCUAAUGGAAAUCAUAUCAGGAAGACCGAAUUCACUUGAACAAUACACUGCAGGUGGUGAUUGUGAUGUUUUCUUCCCUGUGCAUGCUGCACAUAUGCUUCUCGAGGGAGAUGUGGCAAGCUUGGUGGAUGACAAAUUAUCUGGUGAUGUGAAUCUAGAGGAGGCUGAACGGUUAUGCAAGGUUGCUUGUUGGUGCAUUCAGGAUGAUGAGUUUGAUCGGCCGACAAUGGGAGAAGUUGUUCGUGCUCUAGAGGGUCUAUCUGAUCUUGACAUGCCUCCCAUUCCAAGACUACUUCAGGUUAUUACAAGGAGUACUCCUACCUCUGUAAUGAAUCAGAAUAAUGAAGAUGCAGCAUGGCAUACAUAAGAAGCAAACAUCUAUCUGUAUGUGAAACAUAGUAAGAAAGUCUGAGAGGGAGCAAGAAGAAUGAUACCCAAUAGCUGUGUAAUUUAAGCUUGACUCUGUACCAGGUGUGUAAAUCAUCAGUCUAGUCGUUCUAAUC